AUGUCGCACACUGAGGGCAGCCUGUCGCAUAUCAAGGACCGACAGUAUCAUGACAACGACCUCCGGCAGCCUUCAUCGGAACCAUCGCAAGCACAGCUAGCAUCGGUGCAGGCUCGGCAGAGACGAAGAAUUGCCGAACUGGAGAACCAGCUGGUGACCCUCGAGUCGGGGCGUGCUGUAAAAGAAAAGUAUGGACGUCAUGUGAUACUGGUGCAUCAUACCAGUGCAUUGAGUUGGCUUUACUCACUAUCCGCCAGGCAGGUGAACUACUAUAUGGCUCAAGGAAGAGCCAUCAGACGAGCUGUCGCUUUGUUUGAUAAUAUCGAGGAUCUCGUCAGCGAGAAUGAUAGGAGAUACGAUGCCGAGGAUGAGGAGACUUCUCUCGAGCAAGACAGGCUGCAGGGAGGGUACAUCACCCUAAUGAACACCUUGCCAUGGUUCUAUAAGAAAAGUUCAGAAAUAGAUUACGAUGAAUAUAUGCGUAUGUUGAAAAUGCUUAGACAGGGUGCUGACAGCGCUCGAGGAGACGAUACCUCCAAGUUGAAGGCUCUCGUUUCCGAAUGGGUCAACCGCGAAUUGAAGCCAGAUCCCCCGGUUGACAUGGACGAUAAACACACCCGCGGAUUCAUCAAUGAUGGGUGCGGCAAGUUGUUAUGUCCAGCUGAGCUGGAUUGGAAUGACCCGACUGUAAGGGCGGGGAUUCGAGAUCGCGCACAGGGAUAUAUUGUGACGGAUCUUUCUUUUCCAGCCUACUUGUAUGAAAAAUACACCGCCAAUUCGGACAAUUUGGAGGAAGGUCUCUUUAAAGGCAAAAUCUUGCUUCAGAGCUACAAAGCUGUUUUUACGUCGCCCUCGUCAGCAAAGGACGUUGAAGGCGACGGUGAUGGCGCAGACAUCAUCGAAAACAACAGACGCGCCAGGAAGGCUUCUUCUGGAAUCAAGGUCAAGAAGCAUGUACGAUUUGCAUUGUCAUCUGUUACAUCAUGGCGGUCCGUCGAUGGUGAUUUCGACUACGUGCAAUUCUGGCAGACCGUCGUGGACUUUUUUGAAAGGCCCCCCGGUCGAGACGCGCAGCGCAGAGUCAACAGACUCCUCGAAUGGUGGACUAGAAAAGUCUUCGGAAGGAGCCGCCGUGAUGACCUUACUGAUGAUGCACGGGCCAACAUGUCGGUGAAUGCUCUCGCAAGGCAGAGAGCACGAAUCGAUGACGCCGCCUUCGACUCGGAAUAA